AUGAAUUACUUCUCAGCUCCUCUGCUGCGACUGACUGCAUCUCUUAGUCUGCAGUCGGCGUUGAAGUAUGUUCUCACCCAGGGAGACUCUCUUCUCAUUACAACACUGGCAUCUCUCGCAGAUCAAGGCGCCUAUGCGCUCGCUUCAAACUAUGGAGGUCUCAUUGCACGCAUGCUUUUCCAACCCAUUGAAGAAAGUAGUCGCAACAUGUUCGCCAAGCUAUGCGCCAAUGUAGAAACAUCAUCGUCAACGGAAAAGAAGGAUCUAAAGAAGUCGGACGAACAAAAGCAAAACAUUGCUCAAGCUUCUAGGGUAUUGAGUACCAUACUUCGACUCUACGGAAUCAUCUCAUUGUUCGCGGUUACACUAGGACCUGUACUAGCCCCAGUACUUCUCUCCAUCGUUGCCGGGAAAAAGUGGUCUGCAACCUCUGCUUCGCAGGUACUUUCUACCUACUGCUACUACAUACCUUUUCUCGCUAUCAACGGAGUCACGGAGGCUUUUGUAGCCGCAGUGGCAACCAACAAAGAGCUAUACGCACAGUCCAUUUCCAUGGGCAUCUUCUUUGCGCUCUUCGCGGCUAGUGCGUGGUUCUUCAUCGGCCAGCUCGAAAUGGGAGGCAACGGCGUGGUACUCGCAAACACGGUCAACAUGGGUUUGCGCAUCGUCUGGAAUACCUGGUUCGUUAGGCGGUUCUUCGCGAAGAACGGCUCCGAGUUCAAUGUACUCGAGACGUUGCCCUCACUUGCUGCCGUGGCGCCCGCGGCUGUCAUACCUACCCUGAUGCGAACGAAGCCUGCAAUCAGCUUCCUUGGACGGCUUGGAGUGCUCGGGGAGCUGAUCAGUAUGGGUGCAGUGGGUGGUGUUUACGUCUUGCAUGUUCUUUUCUUCGAACGGCAGUUUCUCGUCGACUGCUAUCGCAUGCUCCGGCCGUCGCGGUCUGCUCAGCCACCCACGAAGUCGACUUGA